UGCGCCAGCGGCAGCUUGCGGAACUGUGCGGCGCGCGCCUCUGCUGCUGCGCUCUAGGCUGGAGCCCCGGCCAAGCGCGUGGCCUCGAGCUCUUCGGGCUCUGCUGUGGAGUGAUCCCCGACCGGAGCAGGGUCCAUCUGAUUCUGGUUGUGGGAUUAGGUGUCUUUUGGAGAGGUGACUCGGCCUCGCAGACAUGGGUUUUCCUUAGCUACCUGCCUACUUCAAGCUACCUUUCCUUAGAGGGAAUAACUUAGACAAUCAGUCCAUUUAUUUUCUGCAGUUUCUCCCUUUUAGCCAAACUUUUUUUUUUUUUUUCCUGGCGUAGAAAAGAAUUUAUUGAGUAAAUUGCAAGGAUGCAGUGGACAGGGCUGUAACAGAGGAACCUUCUUAGCCAAACUUUUUGAAGGGAACUUGCCAUAUUCUACUUGGGUAGAAUCCCACGAUUUUCGUGUCUACGUGAUUAUAAACCAAAAUUUAUGCCUUUUAAAGUCUGUUUUCCUACUUCUACCUGACCAGAAGGAGAGGGUUGCAAAAAACAUUGCGUAAAUGUGUGAAUGAAUACUUUGUAAGUUUUACUUAAAGAGUUUAUUGUAGGGACAAAGUUGAAGGCAUUGGCCGCAAGCGCUGGGGCGACAAUGGUAAAAAACUAAAGGGGUUUUGUCGUUCAAGCCGCUCCGGAGGUUAGGGCAGAGGUUCCCUGAUUCCAGGAGUUCCAUUCCAGUCUGGGCAGCGUUGCCUCAAGAAUGUGGUGAAGGAGAUUGAAACUCAGUUCAUGGUUCCUAGCUGUCAGUUCACUGGGGAAAAUAAAGGGUGCCAAACCACGGAUAUAAGAUGACUGUUAAUGAAGCUUGGGAAGGUGUUAAAGCGGAGAAUCUCCAGGAGAAGAGACCAACUCCAUGACUGUCCAAUUAAAGCAAGCUGUGUGUUGGGGUGUGCCCGUACUAGCCUGCUGGCUGUCUCACUCUGAGAGCACCCCUUGCGGCAGCCUCAUUAGGUCCUUUUUACACGAGAGAGAGAGAGAGAGAGAGAGAGAGAGAGAGAGAGAGAGAGAGAGAGAGAGAGAGAGAUCGUUCACCGGACUGAGAGAGUUGGCUGUUAUACAUUGUAAAAACAAAACCAAAGAACAAUGUGAAAGGGAAGGAACAAGGUCAUGUUCCUACAUCAUGUGAAUCGGGUAGCAAGUUUAGUGUUGGUUGAAAGACAUUUUGCAGUUUACAUCCUAUCUAAGAAACAGGGAUCAGUCCUUAAUUACAAGGAGAAAUCUCAACUUGGAAGCACUUAACGCAGGACAAACAGGAACGUAUUCUUUAACUACAAAUAGAAACCGUAGCCUGUACAGGAUGAACAGGAGCUUAGUCUUAACUGUCUUAACUGGAAACAAAAACUUUAACCUGCAAAGUAUAUUGUUCCUAGUUUGGUCUCACAAAAGCUAUGCACAAGCCUAUCUGAUGGGGCUUGUGCGGGUACGUAAAAGAAGUCAACCAACCAACCAAUCCAGAGACUUAAAAUAAUGGCAAAUAAAUAGUUUGAUAUUUAAUAAUCAUUCUUUUCUUUAAAAUUAAUUUCCUGUAGUUUUCAGUGUAAAGUAGGAUUUUGCUGCAAAAGAAGAUCUAAGAACCUUUGUGAAGUUACCACCCCAAGGAGCAAUCAUGCCGAUAGAAGGUGGGAAAACAGAUAUGGAGAGGAUUGGCCUCUUCAGUGAGAUGGAAUACAUCACUGUGGGCGACAAAUAUGUGUCACCAUUUAAUCGACCCUUUAAUGAGGCUGCAAGCAAAAAUAGACAGAUCCUACCGGGGGGAACCAAAGAAAUGUCCAGUCUCCAGGCAGGAUACUUUGAUUCCCAGUUUGCAAGGAUUUUUGAAGGGGAAGGCUACGUGAAUUUGAAUCAAGUGAGGAGACGGUAUAUGCUGGCAGAAUCCAAAAAGAACCUAGGCAAAGCUUUCAUCCCUAGUAGCGGAGAGAAAAAGCCAAGUGGAUUAGGAAGCUAUUAUGGAACAAUUGGUGGUCCUGUCCCAUUCUUCAGUGCUCAGAUAAAACCCAAGGACAAGUAUCAGCCACCGGGGAAGAAUUUAUAUACCAACCCAGGAAAAAAAGGAACUGGAUAUGGCUAUGCCAAUGUUACCAUAGGCAAGCAGCUUUCACAUUCUUCUGACUUAUAUGACGCAGCGAGACAGAGUUAUAAGAAAGAAAGUGAAGAGCACCAUCGACUAAUCAAAGGGUCACCUUUCAAGCUGCAUCUUCACCCGAAGGACUAUUUUGAUACUAACCCUUACUUUUUAGAGCACCAUUUACCUCCCCUUAGGAGAGAAGAAAAGAAGGAAGUGUCUUUCAAGCCCUUUAAGCCCUCCUCUCCUGGUAAAAAGGCUGGUGGAAUGAAAGCAGGGGCAUUUGACCCUUACCCAGCACACUCAGCGGACCCUUACGUGGUCAAAGUGGAAAAGGCGAUUCCUUCGAAAGGUGAAAGGGUUUUCCACCCACCCAAUGGACCAAAAAGCAGACCCGUUGAAAGUAUAAUGGCGCUGAAUGUCAAAAGGGCAUUAAACGUGAAGAACUACAAGAAUGCCUCCUCAACCACUCUGGGAAAGCAGUUAGUCUUCUAGAUCCUCUUGGUGGCUCAGAGAGUACACAACGUUCUGGAACAAAUGGCUCCAUGGCGGGUAAAGGAAAUUUAAACACGAGGCUCAACUCUGAUGCCCUUCCUGAUCGUAACGCUGUUUAAUAAACACUGUUGCCUAAUGAC